UCAUCCCAGCAUGCCGUGCGCAUGGCAUAUAGGAAGCUGGCGUGGCGCAGCGAUAGCUUGUAGCGGCCUGUGGGCGGGACUUCCGGCCCGAUGGAUCGUUUUCCGGCCGUGCUUGAUGGGUCUGGCCGGUCUUCUGACAUGAAGCCCCCUGGACCUAGAGGUUGGUGCCUGCUGUGACACGCCCACCAUGUGGCCACUUCUUCAUGUCCUCUGGCUUGCUCUGGCCUGUGGCUCUGUUCACACCACCCUGUCAAAGUCAGAUGCCAAAAAAGCUGCCUCAAAGUUGCUGCUGGAAAAGACUCAGUUUUCAGAUAAACCUGUCCAAGAUCGGGGUCUGGUGGUGACGGACGUCAAAGCUGAGGAUGUGGUCCUUGAACAUCGUAGCUACUGUUCAGCUAGGGCUCGGGAGAGAAACUUUGCUGGAGAGGUCCUAGGCUACGUCACUCCAUGGAACAGCCACGGCUAUGAUGUUGCCAAGGUCUUUGGGAGCAAGUUCACACAGAUCUCACCAGUCUGGCUGCAGCUGAAGAGACGUGGUCGUGAGAUGUUCGAAAUCACAGGCCUCCAUGAUGUGGACCAAGGGUGGAUGCGAGCUGUCAAAAAGCAUGCCAAAAGCCUGCGCAUAGUGCCUCGGCUUCUCUUUGAAGACUGGACUUACGAUGAUUUCCGGAAUGUCUUAGACAGUGAGGAUGAAAUAGAAGAACUCAGCAAGACUGUGAUACAGGUGGCAAAGAACCAGCAUUUUGACGGUUUUGUGGUGGAAGUCUGGAGCCAGUUGCUGAGCCAGAAACAUGUAGGCCUCAUCCACAUGCUUACUCACUUGGCUGAGGCGCUGCACCAGGCCAGGCUGCUAGCCAUUCUGGUCAUCCCACCUGCUGUCACCCCUGGGACUGACCAGCUGGGAAUGUUCACACACAAGGAGUUUGAACAACUGGCCCCUGUACUAGAUGGCUUCAGCCUCAUGACAUAUGACUACUCCACAUCACAGCAUCCUGGCCCUAAUGCUCCAUUGUCAUGGAUUAGAGCCUGUGUCCAGGUCCUAGACCCCAAGUCACAGUGGCGAAGCAAGAUCCUCCUGGGACUGAACUUCUAUGGCAUGGAUUAUGCAGCCUCCAAGGAUGCCCGUGAAAUUGUCAUUGGGCCCAGGUAUAUACAGACGCUGAAGGACCACAGGCCCCGAGUGGUGUGGGACAGCCAGGCUGCGGAGCACUUCUUGGAGUACAAGAAGAAUCGCGGAGGGAGGCAUGUUGUCUUCUACCCUACUCUGAAGUCUCUGCAGGUGCGGCUGGAGCUAGCCAGGGAGCUGGGCGUCGGGGUCUCCAUCUGGGAGCUGGGCCAAGGCCUGGAUUACUUCUAUGACCUGCUGUAGGCUGGACAGCAACGCCCAAGUGACUAUGGACUUUUCUAAGCCAUUGGAGUGACUGGUGAAAUAUAGGCCUCUUUUCUGUUUUCUGUGAGA